GUGAAGCAGAUCAUGGAGGAGGCAGUGACCAGGAAGUUUGUGCAUGAGGACAGCAGCCACAUCAUCUCCUUCUGUGCUGCAGUGGAAGCCUGUGUGCUGUCGGGGCUGAAGCGAAGAGCCGCCGGGUUCCUGCGCAGCAACAAGAUCGCCGCGCUCUUCAUGAAGGUGGGCAAGAGCUUCCCCCUGGCAGAGGAGCUCUGCAAGAAGGUGCAAGACCUGGAGCAGCUCAUUGAGAAUGCGCGAAACCAAGGCCAGGGUGUCCCAGAGAACACACGCAAGGUGCCCAAGCUGCCCAACCUGUCUCCUCAGGCCAUCAAACACCUCUGGAUCCGCACAGCCCUCUUCGAAAAGGUCUUGGAUAAAAUUGUGCACUACUUGGUAGAGAACAGCAGUAAGUACUAUGAGAAAGAAGCUCUCCUGAUGGAUCCUGUGGAUGGGCCAAUCCUUGCCUCUCUGUUGGUGGGACCCUGUGCACUGGAGUACACAAAGAUGAAGACUGCUGACCACUUCUGGACAGAUCCCUCUGCAGAUGAGCUGGUCCAGAGGCACCGGAUCCACAGCUCCCACUGCCGCCAGGACUCUCCCACCAAGCGCCCAGCGCUCUGUAUUCAGAAGAGACAUUCCAGUGGCAGCAUGGAUGACAGACUGUCGCUGUCUGCUCGGGACUAUGUGGAGUCUCUGCACCAGAACUCCCGAGCUACACUGCUCUACGGCAAGAACAACGUCCUGGUGCAGCCACGAGAUGACAUGGAGGCAAUCCCAGGCUAUCUGUCCCUUCACCAGACUGCUGACAUCAUGGCACUCAAGUGGACCCCAAACCAGCUGAUGAAUGGCUCUGUGGGGGAUCUGGACUACGAGAAGAGUGUGUACUGGGACUAUGCCAUGACCAUUCGCCUGGAGGAGAUUGUCUAUCUGCACUGUCACCAGCAAGUAGACAGUGGUGGGACAGUUGUCCUGGUGAGCCAGGAUGGGAUCCAGAGGCCACCACUGCGGUUCCCACGAGGAGGACACUUGCUGCAGUUCCUGUCCUGCCUGGAGAAUGGUCUCCUGCCCCAUGGGCAGCUGGACCCACCUCUCUGGUCACAGAGGGGAAAGGGGAAGGUGUUUCCCAAGCUGAGGAAGCGAAGUCCCCAGGGCUCCUCUGAGUCUGCAUCCGAUAAGGAAGAUGAUGAAGCCACAGAUUAUGUUUUCAGGAUCAUCUACCCUGGGACACAAGCUGAGUUUGUGCCCCAGGACCUGAUGGACCCUCCAGGGGCUGUCCUGCCCCCCAUGUGGCAGCCCAGCACCCGCAAGUCCUCCUGCUCCUCCUGCUCCCAGAGUGGCUCCUCGGGUGGGGGCUCCAGCCACGAGAGAGCUCCACUGAAGCUCCUGUGUGACAACAUGAAGUACCAAAUCCUCUCCCGAGCCUUCUAUGGCUGGUUGGCCUACUGCAGACACCUGUCCACGGUGAGGACACACCUGUCCGCGCUGGUGAACCACAACAUCGUGUCUCCUGAUGUGCCCUGCAGUGCCAGCUCAGGGCUCACUGUGGACAUCUGGCAGAGAUACCUGCAGGACAGCACGAGUUAUGAGGACCAGGAGCUGCUGCGGCUGAUCUACUACGGUGGGAUCCAGCACGAGAUCAGGAAGGCUGUGUGGCCCUUCCUGCUGGGCCACUACCAGUUUGGGAUGACAGAGGCAGAGAGGAAGGAGGCUGAUGAGCAGACCCGGGCGUGCUAUGAGCACACCAUGGCCCAGUGGCUGGGCUGCGAGGCCAUCGUCCGGCAGCGCGAGAAGGAGUCGCAUGCCGCCGCGCUCGCCAAGUGCUCCUCUGGUGCCAGCCUGGACUCCCACAUCCAGAGGAUGAUGCACAGGGAUUCCACCAUCAGCAACGAGUCCUCGCAGAGCUGCAGCUCUGGCCGCCAGAAUCACGCUCGGCUGCAGAGUGACUCCAGCUCCAGCACACAGGUGUUUGAGUCUGUGGAUGAAGUGGAACAGACUGAAGUAGAUGCUCAGCUGGAAGAUGGCAAACAAAGCAAGAUUCCCAAUGGGACAGUUCCCAAUGGCACGUGUUCCCCUGACUCUGGCCACCCCUCUUCCCAGAACUUCUCCAUCGCGUCGGGAUUCUCGGAGCGAAGCUUCAGCAACGAGGACAGUGCCCUGGAGACCAACAAAUCCUCAGCCAGCUCCCAGGGGAAGGCUGGGGGGAGUGAUGUGCCAGCCCCACUGGACACAGAUGGUGUCCAGGAAGAGAAGCUGCAAGGCCAAGACAGCCUGGAAGGGGAAUUUCCCACUGGUGGCAGUGUGGACUUUGCUCCCAUGGGUGAGGGCUCCGUGGGAGUCCUGCGUGACCGCGACGCUGUGGCCCUGACCGUGGUGGAGAGCUGGGCAGACAGUGAGGCUGAGAAGCAGAGCUUGGUGGAGAGUGAGGAUAACCUCUCUGAGGAGCCAGAGAUGGAGAGUCUGUACCCACAGCUGGAUUCUCUGGCUGUGACUGACCUGACCAACACUGAAACAUCUGCUCUGUCCUCCACGGGUGUCACCUACUCUCCAGAGCUGCUGGACAUGUACACGGUGAACCUGCACCGCAUCGAGAAGGACGUGCAGCGCUGCGACCGCAACUACUGGUACUUCACCCCUGCCAACCUGGAGAAGCUCCGCAAUGUCAUGUGCAGCUACAUCUGGCAGCACAUUGAGAUUGGCUACGUGCAGGGGAUGUGUGACCUGCUGGCCCCUCUCCUGGUCAUCCUGGAUGAUGAGGCUCUGGCUUUCAGCUGUUUCUCUGAGCUGAUGAAGAGGAUGAAUCAGAACUUCCCCCAUGGAGGAGCCAUGGACACCCACUUUGCCAACAUGAGGUCACUGAUCCAGAUCCUGGACUCUGAGCUCUUUGAGCUGAUGCACCAGAAUGGUGAUUACACUCAUUUCUACUUCUGCUACCGAUGGUUUCUCCUGGACUUCAAGAGAGAGCUGGUGUAUGAUGAUGUGUUUGCUGUCUGGGAGACCAUCUGGGCUGCAGCACAUGUCUCCUCUGCACACUAUGUGCUCUUCAUAGCCCUGGCUCUGGUGGAGAUGUACAGGGACAUCAUCCUGGAGAACAACAUGGAUUUUACAGACAUCAUCAAGUUUUUCAAUGAAAUGGCUGAGAGGCACAACACGAAGCAGAUCCUGAAGCUGGCUCGGGACCUGGUCUAUAAGGUGCAGACUCUGAUCGAGAACAAGUGA